GCUAUCGGCGCUUUACUUACAACACUGGAUGAGCAUCAACGCUGUAUGCGGGUUUUCAUCUCUCGCUAGGGUUUGCUUGCAUGCAUGCAGGCGGAACAGGAUUUGCCGCUCUCGCCACUGUUAUUGUUGUUGUUGUUGUUAGCUCCAUUCUCAUUCUAGUGCUUGGAAGGAAGGAAGGAAGGCAGGCAGUGAAAGGAUGAGAAGAGUUGCUGGCAUCGCGCGGCAGCUCGGGCGCUUGGCAACUCAUAGCGAUGGCGGGCGGAGGCAGCUGUCUUCCAGGCCGGCUGUGUUUGUGGACAAGACGACGAGAGUGAUCUGCCAGGGGAUCACAGGGAAAAAUGGCACGUUCCACACGGAGCAAGCUAUUGACUAUGGUACCAAUAUGGUGGGAGGAGUGACACCGAAGAAGGGUGGGACAGAGCACUUAGGUUUGCCCGUUUUCAACACUGUUGCGGAAGCGAAGAAGGAGACGAAGGCUAACGCGUCAGUGAUUUACGUGCCUGCGUCGUUGGCGGCGAACGCGAUCUUGGAAGCCCUAGAUGCGGAGCUGGAUCUGGUUGUGUGCAUCACGGAGGGCAUCCCGCAGCACGACAUGGUGAAGGUGAAGUCGGCGUUGUUACAACAGUCGAAGACACGCCUAAUCGGGCCUAAUUGUCCUGGUAUCAUCAAGCCAGGUGAGUGCAAGAUUGGUAUCAUGCCAGGUUACAUCCACAAGCCUGGACGCAUUGGGAUUGUGUCGCGAUCUGGGACUUUGACGUAUGAGGCAGUCUUCCAGACGACUGCAGUAGGCCUAGGGCAGUCCACGUGCGUGGGGAUCGGCGGCGAUCCUUUCAAUGGGACGAAUUUUGUAGAUUGUCUCGAGAAGUUCGUGGAUGAUCCGCAAACUGAAGGAAUAGUGUUGAUUGGUGAAAUUGGAGGGUCUGCCGAAGAGGACGCAGCUGCUUUCAUUAGGGAAAGUGGUACGCAGAAGCCAGUUGUGUCAUUUAUUGCAGGUUUAACGGCUCCUCCUGGGAGGCGAAUGGGACACGCCGGAGCAAUUAUCUCUGGAGGAAAGGGGACUGCGACAGACAAGAUCAAUGCUCUAAGAGCAGCUGGUGUCACCGUAUGUGAGUCGCCUGCACAAAUUGGAGCCACUAUGCUGAAGGUCUUUGAAGAGCGCGCCCUAAUUUGAGCAAUGUACACAAUGUUUAGGAUGCAUAAUAUCAUUGAUGGCAAUGAGCUAUUUGGCGCACUAUACAUGUAGCUGGCACGUGGAAGCCGUUCUUUCACUGGCUUCUGUAAGUCCCGAAUUUUAAUACAAGAGUAGUAUAGUGCCAAGCUUACAUUUCCUUUUUCAACUGGAUGCGAGUUUUUUGGUUAGUUUGUGGAAGCCAAAAGAUGAGGGGUAUUUCAUUGAAUUUAUUGCAGUUCAGGAUACUAAUAAUACUUCGUAAUUAUUGCUGUUAUUUAAAUCCAAUGUUGCAGAAAUUGCAUAACUUGUUUUAGGAGUACUGCUGUGCUCUCUACACUACGAACAGAUGGUCGUAGUGUACCGCAGCUCAACACUUACCCUAAUAUUCACCAAGAA